CAUAUCGCAAGUUGGCGACAAAAACUCGGCUCCAGUUCCAUACGUCGCCAAUAAGAGCUCCGAGGAGUGCUAAAGUCAACGGAGUUGCUAGAAAGAAACUUACUCCGCUUUCGCUUCGAUCGCUGUUGUGCCCUCUGAGAAUGAUAAACAGUGGUCCGGUGAUAAAAGUGUGGAAGUAAUCGCUUUUUCAAACGCAUUGAAUAACUUUUAAAAUGCUCAAUCCUUUGGAAACACAAAUGCUGCCACGUCAAGCUGAGAUGUCUAAUGCAGCAGUUGAAAUGACAGCUGAAGAAAAGCGGAGACAUGCACUGAUGAUUCUUGAUGCUGUAAAAAAAGAUAUUACUUCAGAGAAACUACCACACGCUAUUGAAAAUUUAAUAAAUGCCUAUGUGCGUGUGGGACAAAAUGAACAUGCAAAUUUACCUCAACGCAUUACUGACAAUAUCCUUACAUUGCAGGGAAUAGCAGAAGACAAAUUGCUCAAAAUACAAGAUGGAAGAAGCCUCAUGGGCAGACUGAAAAGUAUCGGAAAUUGUGCUCCACUUUGCGACUGGGGUAAAAAUAAGUUGCAACAGGUCAUAACAAACCGAUUAUCGACUGCUCCUAGUUCCUCCUCGGAUGGGCAUUCUCAGCCUCUGGGCAACCUAGAGCAUGCGUGGCAAGGACAUGCCAUAGUACGAGAAGAAGCAGCUGCAGUUGUCCAAAUGGUCAGGUCAAGUGUGAUGGCACAACCGUCUCCAGACCUGCCUUACGAAUUGGAAAAUGGCGAACGCGUUUCUGAAAUGGUAAGUCUUUCGAGAUCUGUUAACUAUGCUUUGAGUUCCGAGCUCGCCAGGUUCAAGGAAGCAGUCAGAGAGGCCGAUAAUUUCGAUCGAGUUUGUCAUAGUGCUUUCGGAUUUAGUUUCUAUUCUGAAGAGUUCGGUACCUUUUGCAUGCUGAUGGCUGAUACAGACCAAGAUCCCAGAGCGAAUUCCACACAAUUGGAAAGUUUUCUACAAACGGUCGUGUCUCCUUCAAAGAGGGAACAUAUGAGGCAAAUGAGCCAUGAUCAUAAUUUGAGAAAUCAGUUCAAAGAAUUGAAAACAUCUGUUUUGAAAGAUCACUUGUACAAAAUUAUAGCUUUAGUUUUUGUGAACGAGAUUCUGGACAAAGUUCCUGUUAAUUACAAACAACACAGCACUGAGCUGGUUUUCGAGUCUCUUCAACUGGCUUGUGAUGUCUUUUUAAGCACACAACUUUCCUAUCACUCAUCGAAUAGAAGAUUACGUGAAGGAAUUCAGAAGUUAAUGAAAAAUUUACACCUGAUCAAAAUUUGCGUCGCAUAAAUGGAUAGUCCUUUAUCCAACGUGCUAUGUAGAAGCACAGUUAAGCUUUUUCUUUUUUUCAAUUGAAACCAAUUUGUUUGAUACUUUAUUUGCUGGUAUAAUUUCAUUUAUUGUUCCUGCACGCGUUAAGUUGGAAAUGCUACAAGUGUAUGCUUUUGUAUGACAUUUACGUUUAUUAAAGGAGUAAA